CCGGCCGCCGAAAGCAGCGCGUGCGUGAGCGCCGCUUCGUUCUCCGCGCCAGUCGCGCGCGGAACAACUUCGCGCUCUGUUUCUGUUUCGCUUUCGUUACCAGCAGCCGAGUCCGGCGCAUGAGUGCGUAGUGCUUUUCGUCGCCCCGGCGCGGUCCGUGGUUGUUUGUUGCUGCCGCCGUCUCUCGUUAGUGCCGCUUUCGGAUACGAUAAUACGCUCGCCACGCAACACUUGCACUCUUGCAUCGCCUCUCACGGAAUACCGGAUCUUUCGCCACGUGCUUCGACUCACCGGUGGUUUCUUCGCAUGGAACCCGUUGAAUCGCCGUGGAAGAACAAGCUGGAUGUCGUGCCUGUUGGAGCUGCGACCAUGGUCGUCGGUGGGGCUUUUUGGCGGCGACGGGAAACGACUGUAAAUGUGCCUUGACAGGAGAAGCCGACUUCGCCGUGACAAGAUCUUUCGCUCGAAGGUCUCCAGCUGCCCGGUGCAUUCCCUGCGUCGUGCUACAGACUUCGCCCAGGAUAUCUGCUUCAGUUACUGAGAAUGCCACCACUGCGCGCAUUUGGAUGCUAAGGGGUGAUGGUUCCGACCGUGCCUUAGAAAAGAAGAUAGUCAACUUCGUCACGGCCGGAUAUAUUUUGCGAAAAGAGCUCGCGCUGGUCAAAACGUGCUUUGCGUCCUGCAUAAGUCACUGCUUGCGGUAACUGCUACAACGCUUGAGAAAAGUUGCACUGGGCGCGUGCCUGCUGAGCCCGUUGCGUAUUUGUUUCCCGAGAAACACCAUCUCAGCAAGCGGAUGAUAUAUUUUUUCCCCCGUCAGUUCUGCUUUUCCAACUUCCUUCUCUUUGCACGCUCGUCUGCGAACUUGAACGCGCCCGUCACCGCAGUUUCAAGGACGGCGCCGAGAUUAUUGCCAGUCUGGCGGAAAACGGCGCGCGCGCGCUUUUGUCUCGCGUAGCUGUAGUGGCUCCUGUCGUCACGCUUGGGAAAGUUGUCAUAGCACAUCCUAUAGCUGUCACUUUCCUUUUUUCGAGCACCUUUCGUGCAUGCUGAGUAGUUGCGCCAUUGUUUCUCGCGUUCGGCGACAUGGAACAGAGCACAGACCUCGCAUUGCUGUUGCUUUGCUCUAUAUGAAAGAGCUGAGAAGCAAUACGUAUAGUCAGGCAAACAGUGCAACGACAGUGGAAUUUAAGGUUACGCUGGUCGCCUCUCCAUUCAUUCGCUCAUUUUGAUUUAAUUGCAUGCCUUCGGUUCGUCUAUGCCAGCUGGCCCGAGCCACCGCUUUUCUGAAGCAUUAGCCACAGCCGGCUAGCGGGGGGAGCGCAUUAGAGGAAUCUGGGCCAAGCGUGUUUUCAGAAGCCAAGACCGUCUGCGUGCUGUCUCGUGCCUGUUUUUGUGUUUAUACCCCGACUGCGGAACGCAGAUCAGAGGCGCACGUUGAAGAAGUGAAGAGCGGGAGCAGGAGUCAAUAAGUAAACAAGCGCAAGAGGCGAAAUAAUAAUAAUAAAAAGGAGUAGCCGGAACCAGUCAGCCCGUGAGAUACAGAUGUGUGCGCGCUGGAGGGUGACGUACGCUCUGGAGGGGAGGCGACUGUAAAUAACGGGAGCGCAUUCCGAGGAAGAAAGCGAAAAUAAACGCCUCAGACUUCGCCUCGUCGCCUGCCACUUUGCGCGUCGCUUCGUCACCGGUCGUGCGCGCUACGUCAGAAACCCGGUGCGGUCUCUCUUGGAAGGCGAGCGACAGCGUGCUUAAUUUUUUUUUCUUCUUGACAUAACUUGCUGCUGUCCAAAGCCGCCUACAAAUACUUGAAGAGGCAGCGACGGCUUCAUGUGCUACGGUAACCGCUGCGUGUAGAGAAAUGAUUCAAUAGGUGUGGCAACCAAUUAUUAGUAUAAUUAUAUUCAUAACUCGUCAAAUUCUGUGACAGCCAAUAUUGGAGAUUAAAGAAAGUGCCUAAGAGGUUUGAAUAUAUAUAUUCGGCUGUUACGGUUGCUAAUUUUUCGCAUCUUCCUUAUUCUCUGCGGACGUGAACGGCAGGAGACUGUAGAGCAAGAUCGGGAAGGAGAAGCAACAGACAACAAUCAGCCACUUCCACGACACUAUUGCCCCGCAUGCUCUGGCGGUGCUUAUUGACUGAGAGAUGAGAGCAAUAUUCCAACUCUUCACGUCGUGGAAACGUCAGAAUAAGAAACUUCAACAAAGAAAACGGACAUCGUCUUUCCCAACGACGCUCUCAUUGCAGUCCAUACGCACAACAGGCCAGAAAGACGGCAGGCGAGAGUGUCGGUAGCCCGAAUUGAUGAUUGUCAAUUCUCGGCAGACUGCUGAGUAAACGCCAUCGACAGCAGCGGGCGCUCCCAGCGUCUUCCGUCAACGCUCGGCGCGCCACGCAUACGGGCUGCGGUUCCCGGCGAGAGCGUGCGUGCUGCGUGUAUACGCACGCUGCGAGAAGCCGGAUCGCGGCCGCCCGCGCAGCUGGUCGCCCGCGGUCUACAGCCGCGCACGCUUCUCCCAAAAGGCACGCGCUCGAGCAGUCGCCGCGCUUCGCCUGCGUCGUCACCCACGCCGACGCGCCCCGACCCUCGGGACAUCUAGGACAGAGCCAGACCCGUGGUCACCGCGCGUUCGGCGACACCGCAGCACUUCCUCGCGCGGGCAGGUCAUCGAUGGGCGUCGUCACCUAUCGGGAACGUUUCUACAUCCUCGCUCGAGCGUGUCGAAGGUCGGUCGUGCACGCCCAACCUCUUCACCGCCGAUAGACGCAGUCGAGUCUCGUCCGCUGCCUAUCGCACGUAACGCACGGCGCGAGCCGAAAUCGCGCGCGCAUCGUUCGCGUCGUUUCCCUCGCCCUCUGCGCGUUCUCUCGCGCCCUCACCUCGGCGAUUAUAGUGUGCUGCGUGCGGAAUGAUUGCCGCCGGCCGCCGGCUGGCGAUUCGACCGGACCGUUUGUCUGCCGCCGCCGCGAGUGGCCGGUGCCUCGUCGCCUGACUUGCACCGCGCGCCGUGCUUCUUCUGCGAGCGAAGCUCGAGGCCGUUCCUGUGCGGGCGCAACGGAGAUCAACCCCAACGACCGCUCGUGAGCCUGCUGGUUUCCCGUCGCGACGACAGCUGUCAACUGACAAUCGACCUCACAGGAUACGAGGCAUCGCGCGAAGGUCGGAUACCCCUUCCGAGAGUCAUUCGCCGGCUGACAAACGCCGUCUUCACGGCGACGUCACCGUUCGACCCUGAUUUUACUGCGUACACUAGAGGAAGAUACCCAGGAUUACAGCCUCAGUCCCAAAACGCGUGCCCGCAAAGAGAGCGGCGCACGUUGGAAGCAUCUGGGCGCCUUGUGGUUUCGCCUGCUUUCCGCGCAACCGCUUACUGAGUCACCUUGCGUUAGAAGAGUGGAUGCAGAUGCAGGACAAGGCAUCUCUCUAAGAUAAUAGCGAGCGCAAAGAAGCCGAGCAGAUGAAGAAAAGGAAACGAUGCCCCAACUUGCGGUCCCAAGCGUGCGCUUCGAAGUUGAGCGAAGACCGCGAGGGCGAAAAGUGCUAGAAAUUCUGCGGUACAAUAGCGGCGACCCUCGAAGAUAACGCGCGAAGAGCUACGCGGAUCGAACCUGCUGGCGAAUGACUUGCUUCGCGCGCUGCUGACGCCGUCGUAGAGCUUGACUGCUUGCCACGCACAAAAGUUCCUAUUCGCUCGAAAUUUGAGCGCAGUGUGCGCGAACUUGGUUCAACAUGUGGGGCUGCCUGGGGAAGUCCAAGAAACGUCGCAAGGCGGUCAUCAGCAUAGUGCGGAGCCCAUCGCCGGGUUGCCGCUGUUCCUGCCACGGACAAUCCUUGCAGCAGCGUAAACAGGUGAUAUCCUCCUGUGACCCCAAACAGAGUUAUGAGUUGAGUCGCAGUGAAAGCAGAGAACUCCGACAUUCCAGGAGAUCGAAGAGUCCUGGAUCCCGAUCACUUGAACGAACGAGAAGCCCAAGAAGCCUCGAACGACAACUUAGUUUCGCCAUGGAUGUGACUUACGUAACGGAGAAGAUUAUCGUUGUCACGUUUCCUGAGGGUGGAUUAGACACCACCUAUCGGAGUAACCUGAAGGAAGUGACCCGAAUGCUAAGGACAAAGCAUGGGGACAAGUACACGGUGUUUAAUCUCUCCGAAAAACGACACGACCUCGCCAGGCUCAACAGCCAGAUUGUGGAGUUCGGGUGGCCGGCCCAUCUCUCGCCGCCGCUCGAGAGGCUGUGCACCAUCUGCAAGAGCCUGGACUCGUGGUUCCACGCCGAUUCGCAGAACGUCGCGAUCCUUCACUCUAAGGGUGACAAGGGCCGGGUCGGCGUCGUACUGGCUGCGUACCUGCACUACACGAGCAUAUGCGCCAGCGACAAUCAAGCCCUCGACCGGUUAACAAUGCGGAGGUACUACGAAGACAAGCUCUACUCCUCGAUGCAUCCUUCCCAGAGGAGGUAUGUUCACUACUUCACAGAGCUUCUGUCCGGCAACAUCAAGAUGAACAACAACGCUCUGUACCUGCACCAUCUUAUCCUUCACGGAAUUCCCAACUUUGACAACAGAGGAGGUUGUCGGCCAUUUUUCAAGAUCUACCAGGGCAUGCAGCCGGUGUACACGUCGGGCGUCCACGUGGCCACGGAUGGUUCUCGGCGGCUGGUGGUGCCGCUGGAAGCGAACCAGGCGCUUCGGGGUGACGUGCUCAUCAAGUGCUACCACAAGAAGCAGCGACCCGCUGGUCGGACACCCAUCUUCCGGGUGCAGUUCCACACGUGCACGCUCGAGGGCGGCAAGGUGUUCUUCGCGAAGGCGGACCUCGACGACGCCGUCUCUGAUCCACGGUUUCCGGACGAUGGUCAAGUGGAGUUGCUGUUUUCUGAUCGACCUGAUGACUACAGAGGAAAUGGUUCUGUGACCGAGAUGGUCAGUACAGCCGACCAGACGAAAGAUCCACUGGUCAGACAUGAUUCGUACGAGAAUUUUGACCUGAUUCACGAAGACAGCCAAAGUGAUCUCGACGAUCUGAUUGAGUCGACCAACAUUUCUGUUCCCCACGCAGAGGGUCCCCUUGACGGAAACCUCUACGCAGUGGUGUCCAAGGCGGGCAGGCAGCCCGUGGACGGCGGCCCCUUUUCCCCCUCCUCUCCCAACGCCGCCGCCCCCGACACUGACGUGCUUGAUGGGCCGCACACUGUGAGCAUGGACUCGGGCAUCUCCUCCUCUUCGGGCCUGCACAAUUACGGAAACCCUAGCCCGCAGGGGCUGCUCCACAAAGUGCCCAACGGAGGCACCGUCGAAGUGGAAGUGCACCACUCGGCUGACGGUGGCCACCCUCAUCAGCAGCAGCAGCACCACCACCACCACCAACAACAACAACAACAACAACCGGGGCGGAGCCCCCUGCGCUCAGAGCACGCCGAGUUGGACGACUUGCUGGACGGGAUGCUGCGCGAGAUCCGCUCCAUGCCCAACCACCCGGCUUCCCCACCGCCCGGCAGCGGCCGCACUAACCCGUCGCACUCGUACGGCACGCUGCCCCAUGGCAGCCCCAGCUCGCUCUCAAAUCCAGGUCACGGCACCAUCUACUGUUCGUACACGUCGCGUACCACGUCGUCGGAGCCCCCGGCGGCAGCGCAGCGCAACGGCGGCGGAGACUACCUGGCCGGCUACCAGCGCUGGCCGCUGCAGCACCAGGAGCCCGACGGCCGGUCGCCGGACAGCGGCCACCGCACCACGUCGCCCUUCUCGUACGGUGUCGAGUACGGAAGCCCCGCGCUCAGGCGCCGGCGAGCGCACUCCGAGUCGGCCAGGGACUCGUUCGAGGAUCGCAGCUACGGCACGCUGCGAGACGCCUCGCUCAGCCCCGAGCCUGUGGUCGGAAGUCAGUCGUGGCUGCAAAAGCAACAGCAGAAACUGCGCGCCCGCCGAGAAGGUUCGUGGGAAGACAGGCAUCGCAAGGAGAGACAGCUGAUCGCCGAAUUACGCACAGCCACCGCCAUGCGUAGUCCCGAGCCACCGAACGGGACAGUGGACAUGUCACCGUUGAACGGCGACGUUGGAACGCUAAAGGGCACCAACUACUCGACCCCGCUGCACAUCCACACGAGCAGCAAGCCGCCGAUCCAUCGCGGCCUCAGUGCGCCAACGUCGCCCAUCAUCCCGUCGCGGACGAGCAGCCGGGAUGUGACACUGCGCAGGUAUCCACAGUGGCAGCCGCAGCCGCUGCCGACAGUCGCGCAGCCCAUCGUGCGCCAGAAGUCGGACACGUCGUUCGACCGGGAGAGACCGUUCAUGGAGGCCAAGCGGUCACAUCAGCAGGCACGCGACCAAAUGGCGGCCGGCGACCCGGCAGGUACGUCUCCGCUCCGGCUCAUCUCAUCGUCGGUCGUGUACGGCGAUCCUAGCGACCCCGCGCGGAGACCCGGCGUGUUGGCCGGUAGUCCGCCCUCUGCCACUUCAGCUCCGCCGCCGAGGCGAGACGACAUUCUGGCCAUGUUGAACGACCCGCCGUUCUCAAAGGCUGUGAAGGCGUCCUCCCCUGUCGAGACAGCACAAUACAAGGUAGAAGAACCGGUACAGUUACAUGAGAUGGCACCAAUAGCCCAGUCAACUCCAAACAAGUACACGCAGGACGACAGCUCCCUGGAAGGCUCCUCGCCUUGGCCUACGAGGGGAACGGACGACAGUCCGUCGGCCAGUCCUUCCAGCGCGACGGACCGGCCGGCUACGCCAGCGUUCCCUGUGCCUCCUAGGACGCCCUACAUGAACCAAGAUUCGUCGGGAGGAUUGCCGCCUAAAAGCCCAACCCUCUCUCGUCGGAGGAGCCCCUCGCCUGCCACCGUGAGUGCCUUGCAGCAGAGCCUGCCGCCGUCUUCGGGACUUCCGACAAGCCCCAAUGGCCAAAGCUCGCCGACCGUCUAUUUCGGCCAGUCGAGAAGAUCAAGCAUGCUCUCAUUGACAGACUCGCCAGAAGUCAUCCAUCACCACCCUGUUUUUGUCAAGGACACCUCCAAGUAUUGGUACAAGCCCAACAUCAGCAGGGAAGAAGCCAUCCACGUGUUGAAGACGAAGCCACCAGGCACAUUCAUUGUGCGGGACAGCAACUCCUUCCCUGGUGCCUUUGGUCUGGCGCUCAAGGUGGCCAGCCCACCUCCCAAUGUCCAGACUCGAUCAGGUGAUCCAUCGAAUGAGCUGGUGCGGCAUUUCUUGAUCGAGCCUACCGCCAAGGGAGUUCGACUCAAGGGCUGUGCCAAUGAACCAGUUUUUGGGAGCCUGUCUGCUCUUGUUUAUCAGCACUCCAUCACGCCGCUGGCUCUUCCUUGCCGACUGUUGUUGCCAGAGUCUGAAAUUGGAGGUGUGCCUGUUUGGGCAGGCGAUGUUGUGGACAGCACCACAGCACCAACAACUGCUGCUACGGCUUCUAGUCUCCUGCAGCAAGGAGCAGCUUGCAAUGUGCUUUACCUGUGCACCAUGGACAUGGAGUCGCUGACAGGCCCGCAGGCAGUGCGGCGCGCUAUGGCUGAGCUGCUGGCCAUCUCACCACCACCUGUGCCCACUGUAGUCCACUUCAAGGUCUCCUCGCAGGGCAUCACUCUCACUGACAACAACCGAAAGUUAUUCUUUAGGAGGCAUUACGCGCUUAACGCGAUCAGUUUCUGUGGCACUGACCCUGAUGACAGGCGCUGGACUCAGAAAGACGAAGAUGCAGGAGUCACUGUCACUGCUAGGUGCUUUGGCUUUGUGGCCCGUAAACCAGCUAGCAAGACAGACAACCAGUGCCACUUGUUUGCUGAACUGGAUCCAGAGCAGCCAGCAUCGGCCAUCGUCAACUUCGUUGGCAAAGUCAUGGACGGGGCUGGAAUAUCAGCAACACGGGCAAACAUGAUAUAAAUGUACUGUACUGGUUGUACAAAGCCAAUGCGAGCUGUCUAGCCAUAUCUCUCAAGGUUAGUGAUGCUCUGAGGACACCGCCAUUGAUUCGAAGGUGCACAGAAGGUGAAGACUAUAGCUGCAAUAGGACGUUUUUUGUGCUGCACCAUGAAGUGUGUCCCAAUAUCUUAUUGCGAGUGUUCCUAUCAGCACCACAUCAGUGCAAGCCCAAAGUGCAAAACCUAAUUACUUGUUGAACACACCAACAGAUAUAUUUGACAUUUUAUCUUAUUAAUUAUGCAAACUAGAUUAUAAAGUAAAUAUGCAAAUGUUUUAACAUACUUGAGGCUGAAGGACUGUUUGAAACAGUGACACUUUUGGCUUCAUUUGCAUUUGUAGUGACAAAGCUAGAAUGCUUUUGGUGCUGUUGUUUACUACAGCAAAAUAAGUAAGAGAGAAAGCUUGUCUUGCUUUUGGAAGGCCACAACAGGUGGCUCGAUAUUUUCGAUUUGGUGCAGCUAGUGCAUUGUUGUAUAUUGUGAUUAGUUUAUAACCUUCAUUAUGAAUGAAGAAGAUGUCAUUUUUCUUAGACCUUUUUGCACAAAAGCAAAGCUUGGAAUGCUAAGACAAUGGCUAUUGUUUUUAUUAAUGCACAUCAUGUUUCAAAUGAAAUGAGAAACAGGUCUGUAUGUGCUUGCUUUUAAUCUGUGUGUCAAACUGCAACCUUACCAUGUGUCACAAGAGUCCCACGAGCAGUGGUCAUGCCAUUUGUCCAGCAUUGAACAUUCACAUUUGAUUUUCAUUAUUUCCUCACAGGAUUUGCAAAUGAAUUAAUUAUGAGUUCUGAUGAUCAUUUAUUGCGAAGUGCAAUGAAAAGAGUUUUGUUUGUGUCAUAGGUACACAGUGCAGCAAGUGAAAGCUCUGUGGCAGUCAAAUCAUGUUUAUUUUGAGGCAUUGAGAGAUAUAUGCCAAAUUGAUUGCAGCAUGAAUUGUAGCAUAUUUUACGCAUAACUGUACCCUGCCUGCCUCUUUAGCACCACAGCAACACUUGCGUGAAAGCCAAGUAGUUAAAUAUUUGAGUUGUCGAUGGUAGGCAGCCUAUAUUCACCAUAUUUUUCAUUGUUGCUUCAGUUCUUACAUCAUAGUAACACUAAAGUUAUUCUAUGUAAAUGUACUUUUUAGGAAACAGUGGCUGUUCCAAUGGGUUUCUUGGCACAUUUGAUAUCCAAGAGGCUUAUUAAGUGUUUAAUACCAAAAUAUGGGACCCUAAUAGAAAGAGGAGGUAUUAAAUAGAAUUGUGAAUGUAAUUUACCUUGCUAUUGUUUGAGAUAUGGCAAAAUUAAGUGGUGACGAGUUUUUGUUUGUCAGAACACCAAAAUGACAAAAUUUUACUCUUGAAUUCUUUUUUAGCAACCUCUGUCCAGCACAAUACAGUACAUACGUACUAGUAUGCAUUAAAAGAAACAUCUUUGACAGAGAUAUGUCUGGCUGGGUGGAAAAUAUCAGAAGCACAAACUGCUCCAGCCGAGUACGCUAUUUCUUCGGUCGCUUCAGUCACUCCCUGAAGAAGGACUGGGCCAGUCCCAAAAUGUUGGAAACUUCUUAACCUUGGCUGAUGCAAUUUUAGCUUGUAAUGUACUAAUACAAGUUAUUUAAAGGUGUGAGUGCUGUACAAAUAAGUGUUUGACUUGCACAAGUGUGCUCUUGGUGACAGGCAGGGGCUCAGACAAGCGUUCCGGCAGGAAAAACAGCAGAGGAUCAAUAGAAAUGUCAGCCACUGCUGCUAAUGCUUCGUUCACUAUGUUGUCAAUAUAUAGAGAGCCCAUUGAUAUGCUUGCUUCACGAGUUUUAUAUCUCCAAGAUUGCCUUUGUAAUGCUUUCCUCAAUGUGUGAAAUCCGCUUUGUUGAGCAUAAAGAAACUAUGCCUUGCUGUUUACUGGCCACAUUGUGCUGUAGCAGGAAGUGUGGCUUUUCAAUGUGGCAACAAAGAGUGUUCUAGCUAUGUAAACAAGAGUGCCUGGUGCACUGCCACAUGUUAAACUUAUCAAUGGGUGCAAUAUGACUUGCCCACAAGAACAUCUUGCUAGGAACAUUCUGUUCAUAUACUGCUGUCAGUGCGCAUAAAUAUGUCUUUCCGCACAAAAUAUGCCAUGUUACUAUUGUGGCAUAAAUGGGCAGUUACAUUAUUGUGACUGUUUUGAUGCACAUACCUCUGCUAAGUGUUCACUGUUUGAAAUGUGAAUCUGAAUUCAGCGCUUCAUAACGUAUACACUAUAUACAUAUAAAUAUUAUAUAUAAGAUGCUACUGUUGAUGUUUGUAGAUUGUCAUAGAAGUGCCAUCUUUUAACAGAUUUUUGUCUCGCUAAUAAAGUAAAGUGGCUGUACAUAA